GCGGGGGUGGGAAGCGACUCCGCUGAGCCGCGGUCACUUUUGGAGGUCCCCACCCCUCAGUCCCUUUAUUCCCGAAGCCGGGCCCGGGCCGCGCCGGGCGCCCGGGGAAGGCGGGGGCCAUGGUUCCGAUGGAGACGCAGCUGCAGAGCAUUUUUGAGGAGGUGGUGAAGACGGAAAUUAUAGAAGAGGCUUUCCCCGGCAUGUUUAUGGAUACCCCCGAAGAUGAAAAAACAAAACUAAUUAGCUGUUUGGCGGCCUUCAGACAGUUUUGGGGUGGUCUUUCUCAGGAAUCUCAUGAACAAUGUAUACAAUGGAUUGUUAAAUUUAUUCAUGGCCAGCAUAGCCCUAAAAGAAUCUCUUUUCUUUAUGACUGCUUAGCAAUGGCAGUUGAGACCGGUCUUCUUCCACCCAGGAUGGUUUGUGAAUCCCUAAUAAAUUCUGACAGUCUGGAAUGGGAAAGAACACAGCUGUGGGCCUUAACAUUUAAACUAGUUCGGAAAAUAAUUGGGGGAGUGGAUUACAAGGGUGUUCGAGAUCUCUUAAAAGUGAUUUUGGAGAAAAUCUUGACAAUUCCUAAUACAGUGAGCUCUGCUGUUGUACAGCAGCUUCUGGCAGCAAGAGAGGUUAUAGCAUACAUCUUGGAAAGAAAUGCCUGCUUACUGCCAGCAUAUUUUGCAGUCACAGAAAUCAGGAAACUAUACCCUGAGGGAAAACUUCCACACUGGUUACUUGGAAACCUGGUAUCAGAUUUUGUGGAUACCUUCAGGCCCACAGCAAGGAUAAAUUCCAUUUGUGGCCGCUGCAGUCUUCUGCCAGUUGUAAAUAACUCAGGCGCCAUUUGUAAUUCAUGGAAAUUGGACCCUGCUACCCUUCGUUUUCCUUUGAAAGGCCUUUUGCCAUAUGAUAAGGAUCUGUUUGAACCGCAGACUGCUUUGUUGAGAUAUGUAUUGGAGCAGCCUUAUUCCAGGGAUAUGGUCUGCAAUAUGCUAGGUUUAAAUAAGCAGCACAAGCAGCGCUGCCCUGUGCUGGAGGACCAGUUGGUGGAUCUGGUGGUUUAUGCUAUGGAGCGAUCCGAGACUGAAGAGAAGUUUGACGAUGGGGGAACCAGCCAGCUCCUGUGGCAGCAUCUGUCGAGUCAGCUUAUUUUCUUUGUGCUUUUCCAGUUUGCAAGUUUUCCACAUAUGGUUCUUUCUCUUCAUCAGAAGUUAGCAGGGCGAGGAUUGAUAAAAGGCAGAGAUCAUCUGAUGUGGGUUCUCCUGCAGUUCAUUUCUGGAAGUAUUCAGAAAAAUGCACUAGCUGAUUUUCUCCCUGUAAUGAAGCUCUUUGACUUGCUGUACCCAGAAAAAGAAUGUAUCCCAGUUCCUGAUAUUAACAAACCCCAGUCAACUCACGCCUUUGCAAUGACUUGCAUUUGGAUUCAUCUUAAUAGAAAAGCUCAAAAUGACAACUCAAAGCUACAGAUUCCAAUACCCCAUUCCUUAAAGCUUCACCACGAGUUUCUCCAGCAGAGUCUGAGAAAUAAAAGUUUACAAAUGAACGACUAUAAGAUUGCCCUGUUAUGCAAUGCGUACUCCACAAAUUCAGAGUGUUUUACAUUACCAAUGGGAGCGCUGGUGGAAACCAUUUAUGGAAAUGGAAUUAUGAGGAUACCUCUCCCUGGAACUAGCUGUUUGGCUUCAGGAUCUAUUACUCCCUUACCAAUGAACCUCCUGGAUUCACUGACAGUUCAUGCUAAAAUGAGCCUUAUUCACAGCAUUGCAACCAGGGUGAUAAAACUUGCUCAUGCAAAGUCCAGUGUGGCCUUGGCUCCAGCCCUAGUGGAAACUUACAGUCGUUUAUUGGUCUAUAUGGAGAUAGAGUCUUUGGGCAUUAAAGGAUUUAUCAGUCAGCUUUUGCCAACUGUUUUCAAGUCACACGCAUGGGGGAUCUUGCACACACUCCUUGAAAUGUUCAGCUACCGGAUGCACCACAUUCAGCCCCAUUACAGAGUUCAGCUCCUGAGCCAUCUUCAUACUUUGGCUGCGGUUGCACAAACGAACCAGAACCAGCUCCACCUGUGUGUUGAGAGCACUGCUCUCAGGCUGAUAACAGCAUUAGGUAGCUCGGAAGUACAGCCACAGUUUACACGCUUCCUCAGUGAUCCCAAAACAGUGCUGUCAGCAGAAUCUGAAGAAUUAAACCGUGCCUUGAUACUGACCUUAGCUCGAGCAACUCAUGUAACAGAUUUUUUUACAGGUUCUGAUUCCAUUCAGGGAACUUGGUGUAAAGACAUACUUCAGACCAUCAUGAGCUUUACUCCUCAUAAUUGGGCUUCACAUACCCUUAGCUGUUUUCCAGGCCCGCUACAGGCAUUCUUCAAACAAAAUAAUGUACCUCAGGAAAGCCGCUUUAAUCUGAAAAAAAAUGUGGAGGAGGAGUACAGGAAGUGGAAGUCAAUGAGCAAUGAAAGUGACAUCAUCACCCACUUUGUGCAGAGCUCCCCUCCACUCUUUCUUUGUCUUCUCUGGAAAAUGCUCUUGGAAACAGAUCAUAUUAAUCAGAUAGGCUAUAGGGUAUUAGAGAGAAUUGGAGCCAGGGCCUUGGUGGCCCAUGUGAGAACAUUUGCAGAUUUCCUGGUAUAUGAGUUCUCUACCUCAGCAGGGGGUCAGCAACUCAAUAAAUGCAUUGAAAUUCUUAACGACAUGGUAUGGAAGUACAACAUUGUUACAUUGGACAGAUUGAUUCUUUGUCUGGCCAUGCGUAGUCAUGAAGGAAAUGAAGCCCAGGUGUGUUAUUUCAUAAUUCAGUUGCUGUUACUCAAACCAAAUGAUUUUAGAAAUCGAGUAAGUGACUUUGUGAAGGAAAAUUCCCCAGAGCACUGGCUCCAGAACGACUGGCACACUAAGCACAUGAAUUAUCACAAGAAAUAUCCUGAGAAGCUGUAUUUUGAGGGCCUGGCGGAACAGGUUGAACCUCCUGUACAGAUCCAGUCCCCCUAUCUGCCCAUCUAUUUUGGAAAUGUGUGUCUACGAUUCCUUCCAGUAUUUGAUAUAGUGAUCCACAGAUUUUUAGAGUUGCUUCCAGUAUCCAAAUCACUGGAGACUCUACUGGAUCACCUCGGAGGCUUAUAUAAAUUUCAUGAUCGUCCAGUGACUUAUCUGUAUAAUACUCUGCACUAUUAUGAAAUGCAUCUGAGAGAGCGCAAAUUUCUCAAGCGAAAACUUGUCCACGCGAUCAUUGGUUCGCUCAAGGAUAAUCGACCACAGGGCUGGUGUUUAAGUGACACUUACCUAAAAAAUGCCAUGAAUGCACGAGAGGAAAAUCCUUGGGUCCCAGAUGACACCUACUAUUGCAGAUUGAUAGGCAGACUAGUAGAUACGAUGGCUGGCAAAUCUCCUGGUCCCUUCCCAAACUGUGACUGGAGAUUCAAUGAGUUUCCCAAUCCGGCUGCCCACGCUCUGCAUGUCACUUGUGUGGAGCUCAUGGCCUUAGCAGUUUCAGGCAAUGAGGUUGGGAAUGCACUUCUAAAUGUUGUCCUGAAAAGUCAGCCCUUAGUGCCAAGAGAGAACAUUACCUCAUGGAUGAAUGCAAUUGGUUUGAUCAUCACUGCCCUACCAGAGCCAUAUUGGAUUGUCCUUCAUGAUCGAAUUGUGAGUGUGAUUAGCAGUCCCAGCUUGACGUCUGAAACAGAGUGGGUUGGCUACCCAUUCCGCCUCUUUGAUUUCACAGCCUGUCAUCAGUCCUACUCUGAGAUGAGCUGUAGCUAUACCUUAGCUCUCGCACAUGCUGUGUGGCACCAUUCUAGCAUUGGGCAACUUUCUCUCAUUCCAAAAUUUCUUACUGAAGUACUUCUUCCCAUAGUAAAGACUGAAUUCCAGUUGCUGUAUGUAUACCAUCUUGUAGGACCAUUUUUACAAAGAUUUCAACAAGAACGAACUCGAUGUAUGAUAGAGAUUGGUGUGGCAUUUUAUGACAUGCUGCUGAAUGUAGACCAGUGCAGUGCCCACUUGAAUUACAUGGAUCCCAUCUGUGACUUCCUGUAUCAUAUGAAGUAUAUGUUUACUGGCGACAGUGUGAAAGAGCAAGUAGAGAAGAUUAUCUGUAACUUAAAACCAGCUUUAAAACUUCGUCUUCGGUUCAUCACACACAUUAGCAAGAUGGAACCAGCAGCGGUGCCUCCCCAGGCUGUGAGCAGCGGGUCCCCAGCACCUCAGGCUAACCAGGUGCCAGUGUCUCUACCUGUGACCCAGUGAAGCCAGAGCACACUGUGGAGAAAAUGGAAACGCAUCACUUCUGAACGCGGACUCCAGUCUGUUACGUCUGAAUGUGACCGAGCUACAGUGAUGUAGGGGAAGGAGCAGGGAUUUUCGGAUUGUUGUAGUUUGAUUCGAUGGUGAAUCUGUCGACACUUUAUGACUCCCAUCCCCCAUCUUUAUUUUUGUCUCUAAGAUCAAGUAAGCUACAUCCUGUUCAUGUUUGUAACAAUUUCUUAGAGCUACUGAGGAACUCAGAAGUAUCUGCUCAAAUAACUUUUUCUAACCAUUUUCAAUCUAUCUAUUGGUUUUGUUUUUAUUUUUUAUUAUUGAUGACAUGUUCAGUCAUCAAAUGCAUUAUUUUAAAGGUACCACACAUGUAAACUCACUACUACAAAUCCUUUGAUAAAUACAUCAGCUUUGGUAUAUCCUCAGAUUGAUUGGGAUUUUUACUGAGUAAAGGACUCUAAAUUUCAGAGCGGGUAGGAGCAAGCAGGGUUUCACGUUCUUUUAAAUAUGGCUUGAGAUUUUACUAUGAAUUUGCAACAUUUCUAUCAAAAUUAGCUGUUUUUGGCCUUUGUUGUGAACUUGAAUUUACUGUAUGAAAUGAGUUUGGAGCCAUUUAAGAAAAUAACCUAUCUGAAAAUUCAUAAAAUUAAAUAAAAUCAUGCUUAAAUGGUUGAUAAAUUAAUUGUUUUUGUAGUUUGACCCUCUUCACCUAACAGAUGAUGUAAUUCUUUAAAUUUUUGUAAUCUUAAAAUUUUUAAAUAUUUAUAUUUCUAAGCAUAGUUUACAUUUUGACCCUUUAGGGUUUAUUAGAUUUUGAGAGGCAUUGUUAAUUAUGGGGGGAACUGGCAGUGUGAAACACUCGAACUCUAAUUAAUAAAUUCUGUUAAAUGCAUAAA